AUGUCCUCCUCGUCCUACAGCGCCAUUCCGCUCGCUGAAAUCGACAUACCCGGGCUCUCCGCCUCCCGCUUCCUCCUCCGCGAGGCGCGGCUGCUGCCGUACCGCGACGCCGAAGGCAACGUCAACCUGCACCUCUGCCGCCAGUCGGCGCGGCAGCUUGAGGAGAUGCCUCCCGGCAGCGGCGCGCUCGCCGCGGCGGACAAGCCGGCGCUCACCUCGAAGAUGAACACGUGGCUCCGGCACGUCGAACGGUGGGCACGCUCUUCGCAGAUCACCCCUGCUCGUCCGGCUGUGCCACCGCAGCAGACGCAGCAGGCCGGCGCCCGGCUCCGUCCGGCGUUCGUCGGCGUGGCCUCCGACGGCUCACCCGCUGCGGCGGGCGAGGUGUCGGGCGGCGCGGGUUGCGGCGGCGGCAAUGGUGGCGGCGGCGAGGCCGACAGUGAGGAGGAUGUGGACAGCGAGGAGGACGACACGCCGCUCUCGUCCCGGCCGAGCGUCGCCCUGCGGGGCGCUCGGCCGGUGCGAGCGGCGGCGCAGGGCGUGGGCGCGUCCCACGGUGGCGAGUCGGACGAUGACGAGAAGGCGGUGGGCGGGGGUAGUGGGGGCGAUGCGGGCUCGCCGGACGCAAUCGCCGACGGAGGCGCCCCUGGCGGCGACCACUCCUGCCACGCCGCGGGCAGCCGUGGCCUUGACGGGCUUCUUGGGUGGCACCCCUCUGGCGGGACGGGGCAUGGAGACGCCUCCCUCGGGGCGAACGACUCCCGCUUUCUGGCCGAGCUCGCGGCGCCGGCGGCGGGCGGCGUCAGGCUGCACCUCAGCGCGCGCUCGCAGACGGGCUACAAAGGCGUGACCGCUGUCGCGUGCCGCGGCGGCUUCAAGGCGCAGGUGAGCGAAGGCGAGCGCGGCAAGACCUACCGCCACCUCGGACUCUUCGCCACCAAGGCGGAGGCGGCGGCGCGCGCCCUCCUCGAGCCCAAGGCGCGACGGGCCCUCCUCUCCAAGCCGCUGCUCGAGGAGGCGGAGGGGGUGAGGCUGCACCUGAGCUCAAAGUCGGAGACGGGCUACCGCGGCGCGGCCGUGGCGUACGCGCGGGAGGCGGCGAGGCCGCGCGAGCCGCAGUUCGAGCCGAGGCCGCGAAGCGACGCGACGCGCGAGAAGCAACACGGCCAGAAGAAGCGGAAGCGGCAAGAGCGGCAAGAGGCGCCGUCACGCAACGGAGGCGCCGACGGUGGUGAUGUCGACGGCGGCGGCGGCGGCGGCGGCGGCGGCGGCCUGUACUUGGACGCAAAGGAGCUGGCCAAGCUUGUCGGGGAGCGGUGGCGGGCGCUGAGCGACGAGGAGAAGGCGCCGUGGGCCGAGCAGGCGAGGGUGGACCGUGCGAGGUAUGAGGUCCCUGGCUACGGGACGGCGACCUUCGACCUGAAGCACGAGAAGGCCGCGGGCGACCGCGAGCCGGUGCAGGCGGCGGAGCGCUCGUUCGUCGAGCGCACCGCGCCGCGGAAGGAGGAGCUGACGGAGGAGCAGAAGGAUGCUCGGGCCGCGGCUCGCAGGGCCAAAAAGGCCCGGCAGAAGGCGAACAAGGCGGAGAAGGCUGCGGCGGCGGCUGCGAGCGAGGCUGAGCGUGCGGACUACCCGCACGCGCAGCUGCGCGAGAACGUCGAGUUCGUCAUGGACGGCCUGGAGGCUGCGACGCAGGCGGCGCGCAACCCAGCGGGGUCCAAUAUUCAGGUCGCCUACUCGCUGCCUCCCGAGGGGGGCAGCGGGUUCGGCGACCUGGUGUACGCCACGGUCCCUCUGGGCUCCGUGGCGACCAAGGUCGCCCGGGACUGGCUCGCCAACGAGCUCUACGAGCCGUCCCGGGGCGGCAAAAUUGAUGCGGCCUGCAGGGACCGAAAGGUCGCCGACCUGAUCACGGCUGCCGGCGCCUCGGCGCCGGCCGACGCCGUGUUCGGCGGCAGGUUCGCGAAGGGCGAGACGCCCCGCUCGACGACCUCCGCCUCCGAGGCGGACGAGGGCGACGGCGCCGGCGGCGAUGGCGGGACCGGCUUCGACCUGUUCGGGCCGGACCCCACCCCCAUGGAGGACCUUUGA